ACUUUUAAAAAAGUUAGUUUUGUACAUAUUUUAACUUAAGAUUAUAUUUAUAAUUAAUGUAACUGAAAUAUGUGUACAUAAAAGAUAUUAGACCAGUUACAAGACCAAUUAUCAUAAGAAUUUAGUCAUGUAUAAACCCGCUAGUACAGUGCGACGUAUCGAUGUUCUUAUUCGUAUUUUAGGAGGUCAUAAAAAGUUUAUACAAGUGAAUAAUGUUAGGGCAUAUUCUAGUGAAGGUAAAGUGACUAUUGGAGAUGUUACCAAAGAUGUGACAACGCCAAAAAAGAUUGAAUAUGUGCCGCGAAAAUACAUAUCUGUAGAGGGUUCGGAAUUAAAGUAUCUGUCUCAAAGUACACUUAGAAAUUUAAGAUGGAUGAUGCAAAAAGAUUCGCUUGGUCAAGACAUGUUUCUGCUUGGAAGACCAGGUCCCAGCAGGAGGAAAGUAGCAUUGCAAUAUUUAGAGUUGACACAAAGAGAGUUGGAAUAUGUUGCUCUGUCUCGUGACACUACAGAAGCUGACCUAAAGCAGAGAAGAGAGAUUCAAAAUUCUACCGCCAAGUAUUUUGAUCAGAGUGCAGUCAGGGCAGCGAUAGAAGGACGAAUUCUUGUUAUAGAAGGAAUAGAAAAGGCUGAACGCAAUGUGUUGCCAGUAUUAAAUAAUUUGCUGGAAAAUAGGGAAAUGCAUUUAGAAGAUGGUAGAUUUUUAGUACCAGCUGCAAGAUAUGACAAGUUGUUACAGGAACAUGGUGCGGAAGAAGUGUCGAAAUGGCGCCUAGUCCGUGUUGACGAGAACUUCCGUGUGAUAGCUCUAGGUCUGCCCGUGCCGCGAUAUCAGGGCCAGCCGUUGGACCCACCUCUGCGUUCCCGAUUUCAAGCUAGAGAUGUUGCUACUGUUGGCUAUGGGGAGCACAUGAACGCAUUGCGAGAGGAAGCUUUCCAGGUGGAUUCUAGCAAGUUGGAACAGCUGCUAUCAGCUGCGUACGCGCUCGUCAGCCCUGAGUUGCAGCAGAUCAGCUUACCCGACUUCCCUAUAGACAGUUUGCACGCCGCUGCACUUAUCUUGGAAAGGAACCCGAAUAUUCCAAUACAUAAAUUAAUUUACCUACUUUAUCCAUACAAUACUUUUCUAUCCAAAGAUCACGUAAAGAAUGUACACGGAGUCUUACAAAAUCUGAACAUAGAUAUAAAACCACAAUGUAAUAUUAUUGUUUCUGGAAUGGAGUUCUCGGAUAAGCAAGCUAAUGUGACCCUUGAUGUUAACGGUGUUAAGUCACAAUUUGGCGUGCCGUGCGGCGAGAGUCAGUACAGACGAGAAGAAAAGGGCUUUGUAAAGACGGACUACCAAAGCGAGUUGCUAAACGAAUUACUACUAAGUCAUAGUGUUGGAGAUUUCUGUAUUGUUGGACCAAAAGGUUGCGGGAAGAGUCUCUUAGUUGCGCAACUAGCAUCCUUAUUGCACUACACGAUAGAGCCCAUCGUCCUGUACCAGGAUAUGACGGCUAGAGACUUGGUACAGCAGCGAACAACACUGAACAAUGGGGACACGGUUUGGAGGAACUCGGCAUUGGUGGAUGCAGCUUUGAAAGGUCAUAUGGCGGUAUUAGACGGCUUGCAUAGGAUUCACGGCAGUACUUUAGCAGUGUUACAUAGGUUAGUGCACGACAGAGAGCUGCAACUUCACGACGGUACGAGACUAUUACGUCACGACAGGUACGACGAGCUCUUGACAACUGGUAUCACUAAAGAGGAACUAGAAGAGAGCGGCGUCAAGAGAAUACAUCCAGCUUUCAGAAUCGUAGCGUUAGCAGAGCCGCCGUCGCUGGAGCGCGGCGCGGCGUGGCUCUCGCCGGAGAUGCUUAGCCUCUUCGUCUUCCAUGAGAUGCGGAACUUAAGCAAAAACGAGGAAAUAUUCAUUAUAAAUUCAUUGUACGGAAACAUAUCCUCUCCGUUACACUCAAUAAUAGAUUUGGCGGACCAACUACGGAAAUCAGAAGACAGCACGUUGAAGAAUCUCGCAUCUUCUCUCUCAACACGUCAGUUGCUAAGAAUAGCAAACAGAAUGUCCAAAUACCCGACUGACUCUGCGUACGAGACAGUGCAACGGACUUUCUUAGCAAAAUUCUUACCUAAUUUAGCAAGACGAGCGUUAGAUGGUGCUAGUCAAAAAAUAGGAAUAGACCGACCCACACGUUUUGGUCUUUUCAACAACAAUGAGAAGAAAUUACCUUGUAAUGUACAGAAUGGUGUACUAACUAUUGGGAAUACGACCACAGAAGUGUUCAAAACAGACGCUUUAACUAAAGUCCCCGAUAUACUGUUUUAUGAUGUACCACAGCAUAUAAAACUUCUAGAAUGGCUACUCCAAGACUUUUUAUUAGGAAAUCAUUUACUAUUAGUGGGAAAUCAAGGUGUUGGGAAGAAUAAAAUCGCUGAUAGAUUAUUACAAUUGCUAAAUCGUCCCCGAGAAUAUAUACAGUUGCACAGAGACACUACGGUCCAGUCUUUGACAGUUCAGCCAACUGUCAAAGAUGGUGUUGUCAUAUACGAAGAUUCUCCAUUAGUGAAAGCUGUCAAAUACGGUCAUGUUUUGGUAGUAGACGAGGCUGAUAAAGCACCGACGCAUGUGACAUGUAUUUUGAAGACUUUGGUGGAGAAUGGAGAGAUGAUCCUUAGUGACGGAAGAAGGAUAGUGCCAAGAGAUAUGAUGGAGAGUUCUGGAGGAGAUGUGACGUCAUUUAUACCAGUGCACGAUAACUUCAGAAUGAUCGUUUUAGCAAAUAGACCAGGGUUCCCCUUUUUGGGGAAUGAUUUCUUCGCUUCUUUAGGUGACUUGUUCUCGUGUCACGCGGUAGACAAUCCGUCGAUAGAGUCAGAGUUGGAGCUGCUGCGGUCGUACGGGCCCAACGUACCUGGAGACGUGAUGAAGAAGCUCGUAGAGGCGUUCGCGGUUUUACGCAACAUGGCCGAUCAGGGACAGCUGACCUAUCCCUAUUCUACAAGGGAGCUUGUUAAUAUCGUUAAACAUUUGCAGAAAUAUCCAGAAGAAGAUUUGGCGAGUGCUAUCGGCAACGUGUUCGACUUCGACCGCUACAGCAAGGAGCUGGCGGACACGCUGCUGGAGGUGCUGCACGCCAGCGGCCUGCCGACCGCUGGCGUGCUGGGAGGACGCUCCCCACACGCCAAGAAGUUGCAGAUGACCAUAGAAAGGAAAAGCGGACUGGAUGUGUCCUCUCCGAAGUACGGCAAAGACGACCCGGAGAACAAGCCGCACGUGGGGGGCAACACGUGGGCGGGCGGCAGCGGGGGGCGCGACACUGCGGGCCUGGGCGGCAAGGGCGGCCCCUACCGCCUCGACAAGGGACACGAUGUGCAUCAGCUAUCCGACGAAGAAAAGAACGACAUCCCGGAGCACGUGAAGGAGGCGGCGCGCGCUAUGAACAGGAAAGCGUUUGAGGAAAGACUAAAGGAGAUCAAAAUGAGUGAAUACGACGCCAAAUUGUAUGGACAGUUUUUACGAGCUGUACAACCACAGAUAGGCGCACUCCGCGGGGUGUUAGCAGAGCUGCAAGCGAAGAAGAAGGAACGCCAGUGGAGUCGACACCAGACCAGCGGAGAACUGGACGAUGGAAAAAUCAUAGAAGGUCUGACCGGCGAGCGGGCGAUAUUCCGGCGCCGCAUGCAGCAGGAGCCGCCGCCCGGCGCGCCGCCGCACACGCCCAAGCGGCUGCGACUGGUGCUGGACGUCUCCGGCAGCAUGUACAGAUUCAAUUCGUACGACGGCCGACUGGAGCGGUCGAUGGAGGCGGUGGUUUUGGUGACGGAGGCGCUGCGCGGGCACGAGGCGCGGAUACGGUACGACGUGUUCGCGCACUCCGGGGAGGAGAGCGCGCUCGAACUCGUCAAAGUCGAUAGACCUCCGGAAAACGAGAAACAAAGGUUACAGAUAAUCCGCACAAUGCACGCGCACGCGCAGUUCUGCUGGUCGGGCGACAACACGCUGCCGGCCGCGAAGCACGCCAUAGCCGCACUCGCUGAUGAAGAUGCAGACGAAGCUAUCGUUAUUAUACUCUCAGAUGCUAAUCUAAGAAGAUACGGCAUUCCUCCGGAGUCGUUGGGCGCCAUACUGACGUCAGAGCCACGUGUACAAGCACACGUCAUAUUCAUAGGCAGCUUGGGAGAUGAAGCUAAUACGUUACUCCGCCGCCUGCCGUCGGGGCACGCGCACGUGUGUAUGGAAGUGGCCUCGCUGCCGCACAUUUUGCAGCAAAUAUUCGCCUCCUCCUUGCUACAGACCGAUCAUUAAUCUAUACAUUUUUUCCGAUAUAAAAAUAAAUUUAAAACAAAACCGGAAAAAUAUGCGAAAAGUCACUGUAAUAAAUUUUUUUGUACAAUCAAGUAUUUCCGCGGUGUUUCAUUUACAGAAAAAUUACCUUGUUAAAGGCAAACUCCGCCUCUUACCAUUAGGUAUCAGUGAGUUGGGCAAUGAUGUGAUAACAUAAUAACAAAGCAGUCGCGUAUUGAUUUUUUUUAUUGAUAUUUAAAAGCUACGUUCAUCUCAAUGUGUAUGAAAUUUUAAACCUUUUAAAGUAAAA